UACAAAAUUAGCGAACGAACCAACAAGCGACCGACCAGUAAUUCAGUGCAAAAGCGCUUUUCCUCUGCGUUUCAGUGCGGAAUUCUCGGUGAAAAUUGCCACAAAUUAGCUUAUAAAGUGACGAAAGUGUUCUCAAAACAGUUUAUCAUCUAAAUAAUCAUAAAUCAAGUGUUGGUUCGCGUUGUUGGGCAGAAUUUUUGCCUCGGAAUAAAAUUGCCCGAGGAAAGCCAAACAUCGCUUCACUUCUAUACCCUCGUCUAUAGAGUGAAACUUCUACAACAGUGGAAUUGCUACUCGGUGAUAAGUGCAGCGCGUUGGCUUGACCUUACUUGACGUCGUCUCACAGGAAUGGGUAAAGAAAUCGAUCCCGCUGACAUCGGCAAGCAUCCCGAUCUGAUCCGCAAGGCGCAAGCUGAGAUGACGCAAAGUGAUGUACUUGUGUGCGGUCGCUGCCACAGUGUGUUCCACUUUAUUGAGCUUUUCAAGGAGCACAAAGAGCAGGAACAGUGCCGCAAGGAGUCUACGCUGAAGGAUUGUCGCGAAACGAAGGCCAAAGUGUGGGCUUUUCUGCUAUGGAAGGCAGCCCAGUUGAGCACUGAAUCGGCCGGAAAUGUUAACUCUUGGAAACUGUACCAGACAUGGGUAAAACUGGAGGAAUCGGUCAGAGAAACAUGGAUUGUGGCUGGCCGAACUAUCCAGUCAUUUGCAAGGAUGGGACAAGGCAAUCUGCAAGAGAUGCCAGUUAAAAUCACUAAAACUAUAAUUGAAAGUGGACCCGAUGAUAAGAAAUCAUCCGCAAAUACACCGAGUAGCGCGACAACACCCAGUCGUUUCGUUCCUGCUCGCAAACCUGACAUCAAGACUGCGCCCUCAGCGGCAGGUUCACCUUCAAAUACUGACGUGAAGAAGUCACCAGUUAUCGCGGCGACGGCCAAAAAACCUGAACCAACCGCUGCAAACAAGAAUGUUGGGAAACGCUCCGUCGCCAAGCGUACUACUCCUGGUAACGGCGAAGUUGUUGAGGAGGAAGUCGAAAAAAUCUUGGCAAAACGGUUCAACCCUCGGCGCAAAGAGCAUGAGUAUCUGGUGAAGUGGUCCAAGUUUGCACAUGAUCAAAACACGUGGGAGCCACUUAUCCAUCUGCAAACGUGUCAAAGCGUGCUGGAGUACUUCGAGGUACAGCUGGCGAAACAGAAGGAACAAAGAGCAGCUGCUGCGGCUCGAACAUUGCAACAGCAGCAAGCCGAGAAGGGCAAGGUGGCCACAACCUCAACGAGUGCGCCUACGUCCGGUUCAAUGACGGCAGUAACAGUGACCAAACCACCAGCGGCAGUAACAGUGACGCCAAAUACACCUUCAGCCACUCCAAUAGUUGUUCCAUUGGCACAAAGUUCUCCGCUCGCGGGAAGACCCAUACGAAGUUCUAAGAUAAAUGCAAUGGAUAAGGUUAAGCAGUGGGUUGGUAGCACGAUGGCAGCUGGUAGUGGGAGUUCUGAUAACGAGGAAGCGGCCAAGAGGAAAGUCAGCGACAGUGACUUCGAAGGGGAAGAAGAUGGUUUGAAAAAAUUUAAAUCAGACAAUACGACUGUUGGCCAGGCCUCGAUGUCGUCCGGUGUGAAAAUUAUUCCGAUUGGCUCGAAAUCUCCGGUUAAAGUUGUCAACGGUAUCGGCGGAACGGCGAUGAAAAAGGAUGAUGGCAACGCAGCAGAGGUUAUCGUGAAAUCAACUAAGGAUGGAACUGCAAGUGGAGUGGUAAAAAAACCUGGUUUCACCAGCGCAAAGAAUGCUUCAAUUGGGGAAGCAAAGGUACAGAUUGUGAAUCGAGGCGAAGGCUCUAAGCAAGGCGUCUUCAAGGUUAAUUCCAACACACCAUCGCCACAAACUUCACCAGCUGCUGUUCCGAGCAAACCCCAACAGCCAUUAACUACAACAACAACAACCACGCGUAUAGUUCGCAAAAACAUUGGCGGAACUCAGCAAUUGGUUAAACAGGUAGUUCGAACGACCAUUCCCAUUCAACCGACAACCGCUUUAGCCCAGCAGCGUCAAAUGUCGCAAAAGAUGAACACACCAAGCCCUUCAGCCCCAAUCCCGAAAGUCACAACCAACGUAAUUCAGCGAAAUUCUAUGUCACCGAAACAGUCGCCUCCGCUUAACAAAGCUCAACCCAUACGCAGCGUUCGCGGUACUCCGGUAACAAAAACCAGUACCACAUCAGAGCAAAAGAUCAACGCCCUGCGUAAGCAAGGUUUAAACAUUGUUAAACGAGUUGUAUCUCCGGCCGUCUCUACCGAACAGAAACCUGCACCCCAACCGGAACAACACACUGAGGAGGAAGACGAUGGAAUGCCAGAUCCUUUCCUCUCGAAUAUCCCUGUACCGGUGCCACCAUCUCCGCCACGAGCACUUACAUUGUGUCCAGUAACAGGCAAGGUGUUAGGCCAAGCCGAAGGCGAACCGACUCCGGUUCCAAGUCCAGAAGCAGAGGACGAUAAAUUGAAAUCGAAAAAACCAGGACAAGAACAAACCGACCAAGAACAAGACACACAGGUACAGCAGAUUUUAACAAAUGAGGAUGGUUCACCGAUUAUCGUCGCUGGAGAGGAUGGUACUCUGUAUCAAGUUGCUGGCAAGAAUGCCGAGGGGCAGACCAUUUUGAUUGCACAAGGAGCGGACGGAGAGCAGCAGUGUGUUUUAGUGGCAGCACAGGAAGGUGAAGGCGAGGGAGACGGUAACGUUCUCACGCUCGAUGCUGCCGUUUCGGAAGCCGUUACACAUAUGGAAGUGGGUCAAGAGGGUCAAUUGACAGAAGAACAAGCAGCGCAGUACAAAUUGCAGGAAGGUGUUGAUCCCAACCAGCAACUGACAAUUCAAACCGAGGACUCCCAGGAUGGACAAAUUACCGCGGAAGUCGUUCAAGCCGAUCAGCCGUCGCCUGGUGGCACACGGCGCGUCGUUCUUUUACUGCCCGACGGAAGCUUUAUGAUGACCGAGGUGAACGACGAACAAUAUCAAUCGUUGAAUCUGGUAAACUAAUCGAUUAUUCCAAAAGUCGUUCAAUUAUUCUCGUAAUUUAAUACGAGUCGAAUAUGUCACGUAUAAUUUUUUAUAAGAAUAACUUAAGUUGCGCAAGUGUGUCUAGCUUUACCUGUUUUAGUUUUCGUCUGAUUUUCAUAUUAUGCAUCGAAAUCGUUUUGUACAGACAAUAUGUACGUCAUGCACCGAGAAAAACUGACGCAAGCAUUUUGAAAAAAUGAUGUCCUGUUUUCUAGAUAUGACAUGCUAGGUAUAGUUAUCUUUAUAUGAUUCAGCAGAAAAAUAAUUGUUUCUAGUGAUAAGAACUAAUGCUAAUAAACAGUAAACAUAUGAAUAUCGGCAUAUACGUCAACGUUACUAUAUAACUUAGAACAUUAUACUUAUCAUUAACAGCAGAGGAAAAAAAUUGCGACGAUUAUAACAAUAACUAUGUUGAAGUAUAGAGAGUGUACGUCUUUGAAAGGGCAUGCAUUACAGCUCCAUAAUUUGAAAUUGUGUAUAUAGCUUCACUUCAGUUUCACUAUCAGGUAGGGUCACUACAGGUUGAAACAAAAUUGACCGACAUUUUUUUUAUUUAAAUAAAUUAGAAUACAAAUUGCUAAGUGAAUA